UACCGAGCGCCGCGCCGUCAGUUUGCGUCUGUCUAGGGUCGCGACGCCUUCACUGUUACGUAGUGCUGCGACCACGCUCCCGCUUUACGUACACGAUCGAACCACCAACGAUAUCACCGUCCACGUCCUGAGGAUCACGUCAACAUAUCUUCUCGCUCCGAUCAAGAUCGAUAAAUCGUAAUUACGUCUGACAGAUCGAGCGAAUAAAUCGGAAACGUUCUUCGGGGGAUUGUUUCUGUUUUAACGACUAGCCGGUCCCGGAGAAGUUUGAUAAAGCCUUCAGGUGCUUUAAGGAGACCGGAGAAUCCUUGGACAAAUCUGAGAGAUAAGUCGAGACUUUGAGAGAACACCUUGAAGAAACUCGGAGCACCUGAGGUAUCUCGUAGAAGUUUAAAGGAAACUUAAGGAAGCUCGCAGAUUUUUGAACAAGUUUACGGAAUGGCGAACUGAUUUACAAAAGAGAUGAAAGCAGCUUUUUAAGGAAGUAGAUUCUGUGAAAUUUUGAGACGUGUCGAAAGAGCAGUCGAAAAGUGUUUCGGACGUUAUCGAGAAUCACGUAACACUCCGAGGAGUUUUUAAGAAUCUUCAGGUAUCUUGCAUUAUUCUUCAGUAAUUGGCGAAAAUUGAGCGAGAAUUUGCAGCAUCUCGGUUUCAGGACGUUUCUCAGCACCGAACAGCUUUUACGUCGCGUAGAUUUUUAGUCACGUGGCCGGAGUGCCAGGACUUUUGAGGGUACAUUGAAGGUGUCUUCUACCAUCCGUAAGAAGACUCAUUUUCAAUCUCAUUUCUCGAUAUUUUUAUAGAAUCCGAGAGAAGAUUGUUCGAUCGAUAUAAAAUUGAUUAAAAGUGACGUCAAUAAAGAACUAAAGAGCGUAGUGUCUCGCGCGCUCCACGAUCCAUCGACCUAUUACCAAGAACUUUCUGAGGAAUCUCCACCGCGAAUUCUUAGACCUGACGAGUGUUUCUUUAGGAUCCCGCUCAAAUCCUUGCUGGAGGAUAUUUUUGUCCGGACGCCACGAGAAUCUUAAAGUGGAAAGGUCUGACAUUUAAAAGACUUCUGGUUAUCCAAACUCCACGAACCAUGACUUCGAAGAGUUCUGUUUGAAUAGUAUUGAACAUAGUAAGAGCGACAUAAGUGGAAUUGUCAAAGACUAAUAAUAAGAUCUUGAAGUUGAUCGAUCUGCAGACCGAGAUUUUUGUGGAAUCGGUGAAUUCAAUCCAGCGACUCGGGGGACGGAGUAGAUGGAUCUAUUUUGAUAUCUGACAGAAUUGUUCUCUUUCUGCUCUCCAGUAAUUUCGGGUCGAGAUUUACGGUCAAGGAUCGAUCUCGGGAUUGGGUGCGUGGCUCGUGCAUGUCCGAAGUCGGCGAUUCGCAGAUAACGGCGAUGAAGAUGAGCAAAGUGGGCAACCAGACUAAUUCGCAGGACCCACAGGCGGUGAAUUCACGCGUAUUCGUUGGGAACCUGAAUACAUUUCAAUGCAGCAAGACCGAUGUGGAGCGGAUGUUCCAGCGCUAUGGCCGCCUGGCUGGUAUUUCCAUGCAUAAGGGUUAUGCAUUCGUGCAGUUCACAAAUCCUUUUGAUGCACGCAGUGCGUGCCUCGGUGAAGACGGGCGUACUGUCCUCAGCCAGAUUCUCGAUGUAAACAUGGUAGCAGAGCCGAAACCUCAUCAGACUGGACGCAAGCGGCAAAAUAUCACCAAGACUGGCAACGACUGGGACUACUACUAUGACAGUUACUAUGCGUCGACCGCAUUUCCACCGCGUUUGGCACCACCGUUGAAGCGGCCGCGUUUGAUGCCACCGACACGAGCGCAGCAUCCGAAGCUACAGAAACAACAAUCAACGGCAAACAUCGGCACAAUACCCGACUUGAAUCAACUUAAAGUGUACAGCAAUCCAGAUAUACUGAUCUGCGGCAACUGCAGGGAGAUGUUCACGGAACUCGGGGAGCUGUUGGAGCACAAGCGGAACUACUGCAAGCUGCGGUUCACAUGUAAAUGUCACACCUUCAACGGAGCCGCCCCAAGAGACUCGACGACGGCAUUGCUCUGCGUCCUCUGCAAGUUAUCUUUUCCAAGUGCUUGGGAAUUGAUGGUUCAUGCUCAGGCAGCUCACAUGAUCAACAUUUACGAGCUAGGCACAAGGGCGCCGAGCCCGUCGCGGAGUCCUAGCCUUGACCAACCGAAGGAGUCAUCGCCUUCCCCUCAGGAUUUCCAGGAAAUCAAGGCUACGGAUUGCGAAGAGCGCGCGGAGGAGGAGGAACUUGAUGGACACGAGUUAAUACCGUCCCCGGACAGUGGCAAGUCAACGGACAACGAAGCGGCUCUAUCGCCGAUCAAGAUUCGAUCUGACGUUAACGGGUUGGAUCAGGAGGACUGCGACGAAUUGAUCCACGUCGAGAACACCACGCAGGCAUGCAUCAUGCAUACUCUCAGCAUUGAUUCGUCCUUGGAACUGAAUUCUGACACGAACUCGAGGACAACUUCUGGAACGGUGAUGGCCUUGACCAAUGGUUCAUUAUCGGCAAAAGAAUAAAUGAGAAAUCAGAGAAGAGAUAAUUAAAAGAAAAAAAUAAAAAGAAUAUUCAUCGGAACGGUCUUCCCCGGCCAACCAACGAGACAUAUCGAUCUCCUUUAAGAAUAACGCACCCGUUUGUAUAUAGCUUAAUUGCCUAACAAAUUAUUCAGGAUCGCUAGAUCCCGUGGUCUAUGCCGGCUGAUCGAGUAUCGAUCAUCUUCCUAAAAAAAAAAAAUAUCAGUUCUGGUUCUGGACUUUUUGCACUUGUAAUUUCGCUCCAAAAUUUAAUUUAGAGCAAGUCGAGAUGAAAAUAAAAUAUUAUUUGUUUUAGUUUUUUUUUAAUUACGUAAUAACAUCGAGUAUUACACAAUUUAAUUGUUUUAUAGAUCUCUCAAAUUUGUAUAGGUUUGUUUCGUUUUAAGAGUAAAUUUUUAAUUUAUUAAAUUCUUAUAUAAAUACAGAUUAUUGGAUUCUAAACAAAUCAAAACUUUCAAAUUUUUAUUUUAAUCAUCUUUUACGUAUUUUAAAAUUCUUAGCUUUAUACAUUCAGUAUUUCAGUAUUUUUGUCCUAAAAUUGUUAAAUUAUUGGAGCUUUAAAUUGUUUAAUUCAUAGAUUUUUAGAUUCUUAGCUUUAGAUGUUCGGAAUUCAUAAGCCAUGAAAUGUUUAAAUCCAUGUAAUGCAAUUAUAAAUUGCAAAUACUUGAAAUGAUUUUAUAGAGUGUAAUACAAUAUGUUUUAGAGGAUUAUGAUACAAUAAGUUUGUUACUUAAUUAUAUAAAAUCAAGUGCUUUUAGUCAUCUCGAUGGCAAAGAAUCUUCGUGGAUAAAAUAUUAGCCGAAAAAAAAUCAUGAAUGGAUUUAAUACUUAGAAAUCUUAGGAAUUAUUUAUUUACUAGUUAUUACCUUGAGUGAGAAUUAAUUUCUUUAAAAAAAUUAUUUUAUAAUAAUAACGCCGGUAAAUAAAUAAUCCCUGGAUAUUGAUAAAAUUGUUUGUUAAAAAAGCGAAAAAGCGUCUUACUUCUUUUCAUAGCGAUCUCACAUGCGUGUGUGUAGGUUAAACAUAGAUUGUCACUUAAUUAUUUAUGAAAGGACAUAUCUUCCUGUAAACAAUGAUGUCGAUGGCGAACUAAUAACGAAAUUCCGUGAUACGAAUUAAAACUUCAAUCAUUACUAAGGCAACAAAUCCAUUUCUCUACUGUUAUCUGUUCCGAAUUUCCUUUUUUGAGUUCUAAUAUCCCUCUCUAGUCAUGCUACACACAAUUUGAACAAUUGUGAUCUAUUUUAAGAAGGAAACGUAGUAUAGAGAAAGCGAGAGGAGACUCUAUCGGCGGCUGUUAUCUUAAUUUUAUAUUAUCACGAUUCUUUAUAAUGUUAAGCAUUUUUAAUUUCUGCAAUUGCUUAAAUUUGCGUAAAUCUAAUAGCUGAGUCCACGUACGAACGUAUGCGAGUUUUAUAAAUCUAUCAAUUCCGAUCUAAACGAUCGAUUACCCUGAUAUUCUAUAAAUAAAUCGGAUAGAUUAAGCAUUUGCUAAUUUAUAAAUAUAGCUAUUUUUGGACCUUCAGAGAGAUCUGCAAAUUUAGAAGUAUAUGUAUAAAUCAACAAUCUACAAAUUUAGCAAUUCUGCAUUGUUAUUACUUUUAGUUAUUGCUUUUUCAGGCUUUAUUUGAUUUUUAUUUAAUUUCUUAUUUAAACAUGGCAAUGAGAAUCAAAACAAUUAUAUGUUUAUAAAUGGAAAAUAGUUUGUUAUGUGUUUUAAGAAAUUAAUCUACUUAACUUUUUUUUAAUUUGCUAUCCUGCGUUUUUAAUAUCUUGCUGGUAAUUUGCCAUCGACAGCCCCUGUAGUUUACGUAUAUCAAAAACCUAGGCAUUUUUUGGGACAGUGUGCAAUUUAAAAAUGCAAUGCAAUUGCGUAAAAAUAAUAUUGUCGACAGCCGGAAAAAAUCAAUCGAGCUUUUAUGAGGCCUGACGCGCUUCUCUUCCUGCGUUUUUUUCUCUUUAAAACAAACAAGAUAAUAUUUAUUAUGUCACAUCACGAUUAGACGAUAGCGACGAGAGUUAUUUGUUUAUUGCCCCAUAUAUAAACAAUGUUUUAUGGAUCAUUAAUAUCUAAAUAAAAUAUAUUACGUCUUU